AUGAAAACACCUCAUCAAGAUCGCGCCAGCCGCAUCGGAAGCGGCGCCGGCGGCACCGUCUACAAGGUCGUCCACCGCCCCACGGGUAAGGUCUACGCCCUCAAGGUCAUCUACGGCAACCACGAGGACGCCGUCCGCGUCCAGAUGCGCCGCGAGAUCCAGAUCUUGCGCGACGUCGACCACCCAAACGUCGUCGCCUGCCACAACCUCUACGACCACAACGGCGAGAUCCAGGUCCUUCUCGAGUACAUGGACGGCGGCUCCCUCGAGGGGACCCACAUCCCCCAAGAGCCCUCACUCUCCGACGUCGCCCGCCAGGUCCUCGCCGGACUCCACUACCUCCACCGCCGCAAAAUCGUCCACCGGGACAUCAAACCCUCCAACCUCCUCAUCAACUCCCGCAAAAUCGUCAAGAUUGCAGAUUUCGGCGUGUCUAGGGUUCUCGCUCAGACGAUGGACCCCUGCAACUCAUCCGUCGGCACCAUCGCCUACAUGAGCCCCGAGAGGAUCAACACCGAUCUGAACCACGGCCAGUACGAUGGCUACGCCGGCGACAUCUGGAGUUUGGGGGUUAGCAUUUUGGAGUUCUAUUUAGGGAAAUUCCCAUUUGCGGUCGGGAGGCAAGGUGACUGGGCGAGUCUAAUGUGCGCCAUUUGUAUGUCUAAGCCGCCGGAGGCCCCGCCGGCCGCCAGCCGGGAGUUUAGGGAUUUCAUUGCUUGCUGCCUCCAGCGGGAUCCGGCAAGACGGUGGACGGCCGGGCAGCUCCUGAAGCAUCCUUUCAUCCUGCAGUAUUCUUCCCCCGGCCGGGGGAAUAAUCCGGGGCAGGCGCACCACCAGAUGCACCAGCUUUUGCCGCCGCCUCCUCGUUCGUCCUGA